AUCCCAUCAUGCUUUGCCCGCCGACCCAAGAGCUACCGAUGCUAAGCUAACUGUCGUUAGCCACCGAGAGCGGACAUGUUGUACAAAUCCUUCCUUGAAUAAACAUCGCGUUUAGGCCGGGAACCGGGAAUUCAGAGGACGACUCGAAGUGUCGGUUAAUCAUGGAUGCCGUCAACGCCUUUAACCACGAGUUAUUCUCGUUGAUGGACUCCAAGCCUCCAAUCUCUCGGGCUAAAAUGAUCUCCAUCACCAAAUCGGCCAUCAAAGCUAUGAAACUCUACAAACAUGUGGUCCAGAUAGUGGAGAAGUUUAUCAAAAAGUGUAAGCCGGAGUACAAGGUAGCUGGCCUGUAUGUGGUGGAUUCCAUUGUUCGGCAGUCGAGGCACCAGUUUGGAUCUGACAAGGACGUGUUUGGCCCAAGGUUUACCAAAAAUAUUACAGGAACCUUUGAGAACCUGUGCCUUUGCCCAGUACAUGAGAGGAGUAAGAUUGUGCGGGUGUUGAACCUAUGGCAGAAGAACAGGGUGUUCAAGAUUGAGGUUAUUCAGCCCCUCCUGGACAUGGCAGCGGGCUCUAGCAGCGCUGCUGCAUCCUACACAGGCUCAGAUGACCCAGGUUCUUCCCCACCUCCCGCCAAAGAAACAGUUUCCGGGGUAACAGAAAACUCCACUACGACAUCCUCUGCUCAGCUGCAAAACGCAGAUGCCUUUGCCGCUGUGGCACAGCUCUUCCAGUCCACGCAGGGUCAGCAGCUUCAACAAAUGCUCCAGAACUUUCAGCAGCAGCCCGGGAUGCUGGACACCGACUCUCAGCCUGCGGUCCAUGCCAGUCAAACACAGGCUCCAAACGUUACCGCUGGUCUGCCCGUGGUCGCCCAGCAACCGCCUCCGCUCAGCCAAGCUGCCCAAGCCAUCCAGCAGAAAGCCGCCUUUGACAAGGUGGAAAAACUUCUGGACCGUUUUGACUAUGAUGAUGAACCAGAAGUUGGAGAAGAAACAAAGAAGGAUGAAUCUCAUGCCUCCUUUAUGCAACAGCCUCCAGGCUUCCAACAGCACUUUCAACCGCCAGGGAUGUUGCAAGAUUUCUCACAACAGGUCCCUCUGCCUCCUAAUGGCCAGCUGCAGGCCUAUGGUUUACAGCCAGGACAAAGCUUCCCAGUUAUGAUGCCUCCUUUGGGUCACGCUAUGCCCGGGCAGCCGCCCCCUGGUUCUACUGGGCCUCCAGGCUUCCCAGGGCUGUACCCUCCCCCCAAUGCAGCCCAGCAACAACAGGAUUCAAUUGAUAUGGACCAUUCAUCUAUGAGGGAUGGCAGACAUGGCCGACGAUCGCACUCAGGCUCCAGAUCUCCAAAGCGAAGGAGGUCACGGUCUAAUUCCCGUUCACGGCGGUCCAGGCACAGGCGAUCCCGCUCCCACUCCAGAGACCGGCGUCACCAUUCCCCACGCCCUCGCUCGCUGGAGCGCAGGGAGAGGGAGAAGGAGAGAGAGCGACGGCAGAAAGGCCUUCCAGCACCCAAGAGCGAGACACUCAGCAUUUGCAGUACAACUCUCUGGGUGGGCCAGCUGGACAAGCGAACGCAACAGCACGAUGUGGCCUCUUUACUGGAAGAGUUCGGGGAAAUAGAGUCCAUAAAUAUGAUCCCUCCACGUGGCUGUGCCUAUAUCCUCAUGAUAAAUAGGCAGGAUGCCUUCAAGGCUCUGCAGAAGCUCAGUAGAGGAUCUCACAAAGUGAACCAAAAAUCCAUCAAGAUUGCUUGGGCACUAAACAAGGGCAUAAAGCCCGAGUUUAAACAGUACUGGGACGUGGAGCUGGGUGUAACCUAUGUACCGUGGUCUAAAAUCCAAGAGGCUCAGUUGGAGGAGCUCAAAGAAGGAGGCAUCCUGGAUCUAGACACCUUAUCGCCAGAGUGGAGUGGAGUGAGGAAGUCUCUCGGCCUUCAGGAGGAGCUCACCCACAACGGCCGCUCGGAGCUCCAGCACCUGGAGGAAACACAAGUGCCACCUCCUUCUGCCGCGGCGGCUCCUCCUGCACAGGUUCCUCCGAUGCAGCAGCCCAUGGUUGGUGUGGGUUCUCUCCAGCCCCCUGUUUUCCCCGGGCCCAUGGGCAUGCCUCCGCCUUCCUUCCCCCCGGGCAUCCCUCCUCCACCUUUCAUCCGACCUGGCUUCAACCCCAUGCAGAUGCCUCCAGGUUACCCUCCCCCGGGGACCAUGCCCCUCGGCCCUCUUCCUCCCUCCAAAGGUGGAGUUGAAGAUCCGUCUCUGGACCCAAUGGGUCUGGGCAACAGGAAAAAUGACGAAAUCCCGGAGGGUCCCAACAUCUUCAACAACCAGAUGGGACUCAUGGGUAACCAGUUGGGAGGACCUCCAGGUUCCCUCCCCGGUGCUCCCCCUGGAAACAUCCAACCCCCUCCUGGUGGUCUGCUUGGCGCACGGCCCGGUAUAAUUCCCCUCCAGCGUCCUCCGGUUCCCCCGCCACCACACAUGCAGCGUUUCCCCCCACCCCACGGGCCACGGCCCCCUCACCACAACAUGCCACCUAUGCCCCCGCAGAUGAUUGCAAGAGGGCCCCACCCUCAAAUGAUGCACCAUGACCCCCCUCCACUUAAAGGAGGCUUUGGAAUGAUGUCUCCCCACAAUAUGAGGGCGCCUUUCCCACCACAUGGACAGGGCCCUCCUCCGCCGGGUCCUCCUCCUUUUAUCAGACCGGGGGUGCCUCACCCCCUGGAGGAGCCAGAAGAAACGGAUAGUAGACCAUUCAGGGGAGACAGGCCCGCGUUCAGGGACAGAGAGCCAGAGCGGGACAGGGAGAGGGACUGGGACAGGGACAGAGAGCGGGACAGAGGUUUUGGAGGUGGAAGGCGUCUAUUUGGCGAUGGAGGGAGGGGUGGAGGCGGUGACCGAAUGGAAGGGAGGGACCGACCCGGAGGCUGGCAAGAAGAUGGAGGAGGUCAACGUGGGGGUGGGUGGGACAGAGACCGCGAUCGGGACAGAGAUCGGGAGAGAGACCGCGAUCGAGACAGAGACAGACGCGACUGGAGGGAAAAGAGGAACAGCCUGGAUAGCGACAGGGAGCGGGGGAGGAGCGAUGAUGGGGAUAGGGACCGAGGGAGGGCAGAAGGAGGAGAACGGGGAAAGGUAGAAGGAGGGAGUCUAGAAAGAGGGAAAAGAGCUGAGGGAAAAGAAGGGGACAGGCCAAGGCGGUCCGAGAGACGAGAGAGGACCACCCGGUGGGACAGGGACGAUCGAUUGGCGGACCUGGAAAACAAGGAAAGACUUCAGACCCCUAAUGCAACAGAGCCAACCCCUGUGACUCUUGGUGUAACUGCGGAAACGGGCAAAGAACCAAGUGCGGCGGCUUCUGAAAAGAAGGCCGAUUGUGAACUUUUAACUCCAGAGGCAACAGCCGCUGCAGAAGAGCGGACGCCUUCUGUGCCCUCGCCCUCCGCUCAAAGUGAGCCCACAGAAACACAACAGGAAGCAGCAUCAGAGAGUGGCUCACUGCUCCUUCAGCCAUAGACUGCUGUGAACCACUGAAUGAUGAUGAUGAUUAUUAUUAUAAAUAUUUUUUUUAUAAAAGGUCUUUUUCACAAUAUUAGGCGUCCUCAUCUCCUGGCAUAAGAUUUCGAUUACGUUUGUCAGUGGGUGAUUGAACUUGUCUUUACAAACCACCGUCUCCCAGACGUGUUGUCAAACGUAUGUAAAUGACUCUUUUCAGAAAGACUGGUUUUAUGGUCAAAUUUGGCUUUGCUUCUGGAAACAUGACCACAUGAAAAUUGGUUAGGUUAAAUUGCUGUAUUUAAACUUUCACAUGUUAGGUUUCCCUGUAAGAUGAAAGAAUGAACACGUGUUUGCAUGUUAUCAUUUAUCUGUCCUUUCUAGGUUAAUUGAGCUUAGCUUUUAUGUUUUUAGAAAAGUUCUACAAAGUGGGUUUACAGACAGUGAAAACCAAUUUAGUUCUAUGACACAAAUGUAUUUUUUACUUCAUUGCCUUAUCUGUAUGAUAGCAGGCCUUCCUCAUCAAGGUGAAUAUGUUCAUUUUAAAACGUCAAACACUGAAUAGCUUCCUCUCAAACAAACUGAUAUGAGAAUGCAGACACCAUUUACUUAACUUUAUGUUGUUUUCGUCUCAUCUUGUGCUUCAUGUCCGCCCUCCACUGCGAGAUCACAGCCUUUAAUGCACAGCAUUGAAAGGACCGUCUCGGCCUUAAAGGCCAAUCAAGUACGUUGUAGGUGUUUUGAAUUGGGAAAGAAAAGUACACGUCGGGGUAGACUUGUUGGUAUGUCACACCAAAAAUUAGACUUGCUACUUUGCUGACACCAAUUGUUGAGCCCCCCUUUUGAUUAUGUCCCUGCUUUUCAUCCUUUGAAACACACUUUAUUUCAGGUAGAAAAACGUAUUGUAUGUAAAAUACAUGGUUUUAUUGAAGUUUAUCUCUACCACUAGUAUUGGAACUUGAUAGUCAUAUUUGGCUGAGAACUGAAAUGUUGUCCAAACACAUAUCAUUAUAAGAUUUAAGGAAUCCUGAAUGCUUCCCAAUCUUCUAAUAUGCGGUUCUUAUCCAGCUUCACUUAAGAUCUUUUAAUUAUUUGUGUGUAUAUAGGUAUAUAUAUAUUUUUGGCAAAUCAUUAAACGUUGUGGGGGCUCGAUGACAUAUUCAGAAAAUCAGAUGAGACAUUUUGACGUAACACGGAAAAAAACAAGAUACAUUCGGGUCAUGGUGAUACUGUAUAUAUCGCCCCUGUAAAAUUGUGGAUGUAAAGAAAUCAGAUGUUAUAUUCAUGGCUCUGUUUUCAGAAGUCAAAGAUUUUGGUCAAAAGUCAUUUUCAAUGACUGCACCCUGUUCAAAAACUAAAGUAAAAACAAAAAAAAAAUGAUUAAGCAAAUCUUUUGUCCUGGCUUCUGUUUAAUGUUUUCACAAGUACUUUUCAGAACUAAUAUUCCCGUUGAAGUUGUUAUGUUUAUACAGUGAACGUUGCGUCUGUUUCACUGCAGACGAGCUUUAACUAAAGUUAUUAACAUUUGAAGACCAGAUUCUUCAAAUCCAACCCUUCCUAAAAUCUAUUUAACAAAGGCAUAGAAUGCAAAACUAAGGAGAUGAAAUGAAGAGAUUUGCUUGCAACACACUGCUGUAAAUAUGCUUCUAUCACUGACGAUUCAAAACUGCAUUUGUGGUUUAUGAUCUGUGAUUUGUUUAUCGUAGAGAAGCAAAUUGACUGGGAAGGAAAAGUCUUGCUUUAACUUUUUUUUUUUUUUUAACUCCUGAGGGUUUAAAAGUUGACAGAUGUUUUUUAUGAUUUGUUAGUAACACAAAACACAUGGACAUAAUACCUCCAAUAUUUCAGCCAGAGGAAAGUGUUUUUAAUAAACUAUUUUUGUACC